UAAAUAUUACUUGAUGCUGCAUUUUUCCUAUUCUUGCCUUUUUUUUUGUGUCAAUUUUUUUCAAGAAAUUGUGUUUACUCAAUUCUUUUCGAACGACGAAGUGUUUCGACGACGACAUUGGAUAGUUCGGGCACCGUCGGCUGGUCUUUGCUUGUCGACGCCGGCAGGAUUUAAUUCUGCCGACGGCGGUAUAGUCGACGAUGCGGCGACAUUGUCGACCGGGGACAUUUGGUACUGGAGGGCGGAACCAAUUCGAAUAGUGGUAACUGGAGCUGCUGGGCAAAUUGCUUACUCAUUGCUAUACAUGAUCGCUCGGGGCGAAGUGUUUGGCAUAGAUCAACCGCUUAUCCUGCAUUUGUUGGAUAUACCACCUAUGGCCGGAGUCUUGGAAGGAGUUGUGAUGGAAUUAAACGAUUGUGCAUUACCAUUAUUGCGCGAAGUGAUACCUACAACAGAUCCCAAUAUGGGUUUUAAAGAUGUCUCAGCUGCCUUUUUGGUUGGUGCUAUGCCUCGCAAAGAGGGAAUGGAACGAAAAGAUUUACUUUCAGCUAACGUCAAGAUAUUUAAAGUGCAGGGACAGGCAUUGGAUAAAGUAGCAAAGAAAGAUGUCAAAGUUCUCGUCGUUGGAAAUCCAGCUAACACAAAUGCAUUUGUUUGUGCCAACUAUGCCCCAUCUAUACCAAGGGAAAAUUUUUCCGCCAUGACUCGGCUUGAUCAAAACCGUGCCACUGCGCAAAUAGCUCUGAAAUUAGGAGUAUCGGUGUCGAAUGUGAGCAACAUUAUAAUAUGGGGUAAUCAUUCAUCCACUCAGUACCCAGAUGCUGAUCAUGGUAAAUUUUUCAUAGAAGAAACACAAAAAUCUGUUUCUAGAGCAAUAAACGAUGAGAGUUAUCUACGCGGUGCAUUUGUUGAAACUGUUCAAAAACGAGGUGCAUCUGUAAUUGCAGCUCGGAAAAUGUCAUCUGCCAUGUCGGCUGCAAAAGCUGCUUGUGAUCAUAUGCAUGACUGGUGGAAUGGGACUGCACCUGGCCAAUUUGUGUCUAUGGGCGUAUUUUCCGAUGGCAGUUACAACUCGCCUAAAAAUGUAAUUUUCUCCUUUCCAGUAGAAAUUAACAACAAGAAAUGGAAGAUCGUAGAAGGAUUAACGCUAAACGAUUUUGCCAAAUCAAAAUUGAAGUUGACCGGUGAGGAGCUGCAAGAAGAAAGGAACGAAGCUUUGUCUGUGUUGGAUGCGAGCGCUUCAAAUUUGUAAAAUGCAGGUUUUGGGCUUUAUACAAUAUUUCUGCAUUUUAAUAAAGCAUACAAUGUAAUUAAAACCAAAUGUACUCGUUACGUUUAAUAAACAUUUAUAUACAUUACUAAAUUUAAAAAA